CGCAGUCACCGUCUGCGAGAUCUGACGCGCCACUGUAUCGCCACAGAUCUCCCGCAUCGAGUACAUCCACUCACGCAACUUCAUCCACCGUGAUAUCAAGCCUGACAACUUUCUCAUGGGUAUAGGCAAGCGUGGCAAUCAAGUCAACGUCAUUGACUUUGGUCUUGCGAAGAAAUUCCGUGACCCAAAGACCCACUUGCACAUUCCCUACAGGGAGAACAAGAACUUGACCGGUACCGCUCGCUACACCUCGAUCAACACUCAUUUGGGUGUUGAGCAGGCUCGUCGUGAUGACCUCGAGUCCCUCGCAUACGUCCUCAUGUACUUCUUGCGUGGUGCCCUCCCUUGGCAGGGACUCAAGGCUGCUACUAAGAAGCAGAAGUAUGACAGGAUCAUGGAGAAGAAGAUGACCACUCCUACCGAUAUCCUUUGCCGUGGUUUCCCGAACGAGUUCGGCAUUUUCUUGAACUACACUCGCGCUCUUCGCUUUGAUGACAAGCCUGAUUAUUCCUACCUCCGCAAGCUCUUCCGUGACCUUUUCGUUCGCGAGGGAUUCCAGUAUGACUACGUCUUUGACUGGUCUGUCCAGCGUGGUGCCCAAGAUGAUGGCGCCAGCACCAGCCAGAAGGCCGCCACUGGCAGGCGAAAGGUCGUUCAAGAGGAAGAAGAACACCGUGCAAGCGACAGGAUGUAGGUGCCCGUCAAAUUUCUUUCUAUUUUUUGCUUCGCCACGGUUCUAACUUCUUUUAUAGGCUUCGCUCUCACACCCGUCAGGCUCAGCAAGCUACUGUUCCUGGCGCAGUGGGUCAACAGCGUGCUCGUGGCAG